AUGACCGUCAACCCUGUCGAGGCCGACUCCAAGCUCGGCUUUAGCUCGACUGUCGUUUCUUCCGGCUCGGGGGGCAAGAACGAGGGCAACAUCAACAGCCAAAUCGUCGACCAUGGCGACAAUGCCAACAAUGACGCCGCCGUCACCGAUGCCACCGUCUCCCAGGGCAUCCACAUCCUCGAGGCCGAGUCCGUCCACUGGUGGUCCUACCUAGCUACGGCCGACUUCUGGGCUGUUAUUGCCGUGGGUCAGGUCUUGUCGCUGUGUAUCACCGGCACAAACACCUUCACCUCGUUCCUCGCAAACGCUGGCACCAACAUCCCCGCCUUCCAGACCGUCUUCAACUACAUCCUGCUGUUCCUCGUCUACACUACCAUCACCCUGUGGCGUGACGGCCCCCGUGUCUGGCUCGACAUCAUGCUCAAGGACGGCUGGCGCUACUUCAUCAUGUCUUUCCUUGACGUCGAGGGCAACUACUUCACCGUCCUGGCCUACCGCUACACCAACCUGCUGUCUGCCCAGCUGCUCAACUUCUGGUCCAUCGUCUGCGUUGUCAUCAUCUCCUUCAUCCUGCUGCGCGUGCGCUACAAGCUCUUCCAGGUCAUUGGCAUCCUCAUCUGCUGUGGUGGUAUGGGAAUUCUGCUCGCCUCGGACCACAUCACAGGCUCCAACGGUGGCCCUGGUGUCGACAUGGUCAAGGGCGAUCUCUUUGGUCUGCUCGGCGCCACUCUUUACGGUGUGUCCAACGUCUUUGAGGAGUGGCUCGUCUCCAAGCGCCCCAUGCACCACGUCCUGGCCUUUAUGGGAUUCUUCGGCAUGUUCAUCAAUGGUGUCCAGGCCGCCAUCUUUGAUCGCCAGUCUUUCCGCGAUGCCCACUGGGACAACUCCGUCGGCGGCUGGCUCGCCGGCUACACCCUCUGCUUGUUCAUCUUCUAUACCCUGGCUCCCCUCAUCCUGCGCAUGGGCAGUGCUGCCUUCUUCGAUAUCUCGCUGCUGACGGCCAACUUCUGGGGUGUCAUCAUCGGCAUCCACGUCUUUGGCUACGUCAUCCACUACCUGUACCCUAUUGCCUUUGUCUGCAUCAUCAUCGGUCUUGUCAUUUACUUCCUCUCCGGCAGUGUCCUCGGCGACUCCAAGAAGCCCUGGCUGGGCGACAACCAGGAGGACGGCGUGGCUGGUUUUGGCACUGCCAAGUUGCGUGCCAUUAACGCUGCCAGGAAGGCUCAGCAGGGUACCACCGGUACUGAGGCUGCUGCUGAUGUCCAGUAA